UCGCGUGAGAAAUGUUUACACGCAUGCGCAGCUGAUCUGAAAUCUGACAUGGCGGAUGAUCCGCAGCUCGCCAGCCCGAAAAGAAAUACUUCUGGUCCGCUGGCCGCGCGGCGACAGCUUGAGCGUCUUUGCGGUCCGCUCCGCCCUGAGUUGCCCCGCUAAGCCACAGCGCAGCGGGGCGGACUUUCGCAGUUGCAGCGCCCUCUGGCCAAAUUCAGGAUUCAAAUCACAUAACGAAAAAUUCAGCAUGUAACACACCCAUGGCACAAAAGUCACCAAAGCAAGACAUGUACUGGUUCGCGUAUGCCGCGGACCCUCCAGCGGAGCGGCACAGACGGGGUCUCUGGGCCCAGCAGGUAGACGAACUAGCAAGUCCCGAGCAGGAGCUCAAUGGUGGGACAAGUGCGCAGAAAGAGUCCCCCUGCUCUCCUCUAGACACUUACUGGUUUGCUCACGCUGGCGGAGAUGCACCCAGUGAGGAUGGCACCGAACGUAGGUUAUCCCCAGACAGGAGCCAAGCAGGUGACAGUGAGUCUGGGGGCCGGGGCGACUUGCCCCAGCACAUGCAGCUGUCCCAGCUGUCGCGAGAGGAACGCCUUCGACUCGUGAAGGAACGACAGGAAGAGCAGCGGGCACGACGGCUGCAGGAGCUCGAGCACCAGACGCAGGCUGCGCAACACUACCGCGAGCAACUGGAGGAAGAGCGGCGCAAGCGCAUUGAGGAGAUGCGGCAGCGAGACCAUGAGCGCCGGCUCCAAGUGGAGGAGCGUAAGAGGCUCAUCUGGGAAGCCGAUCACGAACGGAAAGAAGCCAUGCUGAAGCGGAAUAUAGAACGAGAAAACAAGCUAGAUGCUCGGCGAAGCACCAAUCGUAUGAGCAUGAGCUUUGCUUUUGGCAGCUCAACACCGAGGACCUUUGAUUUAGAUUUGGCCACCAUGAGCUCAGCCGGUGCCCCUGUGCUCAUGUCAGCAGCGCCUCAGAGGAAAUCAGAAGAGCGAGACUUUGAGAGCAGCCGCAAGAGGGCAGCAUCGGCCUACAACUUGUGCCAGGCAGCAGACGCAGAUCAGACUGACUCAUCCCCAAGUCAGGGGGCAGUGCCUGAUGUGGCAUUCAUUUCCCCUACCAUUGGGGGUUGGCUUGUGGGGUCAGGGGUCACAGUGGACUCUUGCAGACAUGGCCCACAAGUGCGCUGCUUGGUGUCUGGCCCCGACCCAGGAGAGGACCCCAUGACGCGCAGCAUGACGGCGUUGCCAAGCCAGCACAGCCGUGGACGGCGCAAGACGGACCUCAUGCCAGUCAUCCCGUGGAACCGGAGUGCAGCAGCCUCGGCCUCGCGCUCCCGGUCACCAGCCACGGCUCCAUCGUCGUCCUCGUCAGGUGUGGCUCAGCGUGCCGUGAGCAUGUCGCGCCUGGACAUGCUUGCACAGCCUCGGCGGCCGCGGCUGCUUCCAGCCAGCCCCAGCUCGGGUGCCUCUGCUGCCACGCCACCAAGUAUGGCUGCCAAGAGCAUGCUCAACUUGUCUUCAGGCAGCCCUCCUUCCAGGCGGGGGGUGGUAGACAUGUCCCAAAGCAUGGUGCUGUCGGGCAGGGGUGGGCUGGGGAGCAGCAAGCUGCGGUCGGCACGCAGCAUGAGCCAGCUGGCAAUUGCACCCCGCCCCACACGGGCCUCGCAGCUCAGGGCCACCAACCGGAUGGCAGGAAGCGCAGCUACCGGCAAGGAGCAGCAGUCACCAUCACGACCUCGUUCGUCUAUGUCAGUGGCAUCUGAGCACUCGGUCGCCUCUAGCCAGAUGUCUUCAUCGGUGGUGAUGCGUCCAAGGCCACCUCCACGGAAGCCCAGGCCACUCAGCAUUGCAGGCACCAUCCCGGACAAAGCGCUGCAAAGUAGGCAAAAUCUUGUCACAGAAAAGACAGCACCUGUGAUGGUGGAGAAGAAAAAGUCGGCGAAAUCAUCAAAUGGCACUGAAGCGGUGGCUGGAACCGCACCCGAGGUGCCACCCAAGCCAGCCCACCUGCGCAAGCCACAAAAGCCUCAGCCACCAGCUGCCUCAGCCUUCCGAAGAGAACAGCGCCCACCAGCUCCUCCUGCCAGGACUGCCAAGGAUACGCCACCGAAGGAGCGGGCAGGUUCCAAAGAGAAGAGCCUCUUGGUGGCCAAGGAUCCCAGCCACACCGUGGGGCCUACUCAGGGUUUGCAAGCUUCCCUGCCAACCGCAGCAGUUGCUCCAAUUGUGGCCACAGCGGCUGCAAAGCCAGCUUCAGUGGCCAUGUCUGGGGCGACAGAACCUGCCACAGCACCCCCAGAUGUGGUUGCUUCAAAUGUAAUCGCAGCAGCAGACCAGCAGCAGGGGACACCGUCUACAGAAAACAACGCUUCUGAUGUGCAGGCUGCAGUGGCCAACCAGGAGCAGAAGGCACCUGUACUUCAGGAGGUUCCCAUCACCACUGGGCCUGCAGAGCAGAAGCCAGCCACUUUCCAUAUCGGUGUGCCUGAAGGUCCCAUGCAGCCGGCUGUGCAAAGUGCAGAUCCAAGCACUGAAGAUGUGCCCAGUAAACCAGCACCACGUGUGAUCUCCGAGGAAGAAGCACGAGCCCUACUGGCCGAAAAGCGCCGUUUGGCACGUGAACAGGCCGAGAGAGAGGCUGAGCUGGAACGUCAGCGGCAGGAAGAGCUCAGGCGCCAGGAGGAAGAGCGGCUGCGCCUGGAAGAGGAAGAGCAGCGGCGUGCUGAAGAAGAGCAGCUCCGCCUGGCCGAGGAAUUCCGGCGGCAGGAGGAAGAGAAGCUGCAGCGGGCCAUCGAGGAGCAGCAGAAGCGGGAGGCUGAGGAGCGCGAGCGGCGUGAGCUGGAAGCCCAACAGAAGGCCGAGCGGGAGGAGCAGGAGCGCAAGGCUCGCGAGGAGGCCGAGAGGCAGCGCAAAGAGCUCGAGGAGAGGCUCAAGCGGGAGGAGGCUGAGCGGGCAGAGAGAAAAAAGAGGGUCGAAGAGAUCAUGAGCCGGACACGAAGGAGGGGCGCCAAGGACCCAAGCUCUGCCAACAAGGCUGGAAGCGAUGCGCAGGCAUCACCUGAGAGAGACAGCUCUCCAUCGGUGUCAGGUCGAUCCUCGCCCCAGCCACUGCAGGGCAAGUCAUCUGAUGAGAAGGGCACACAGCAAGAACCAAGUGCCGCCCCUGACACAGUGCCAUCUGGUAGGCAACAGCAGUCGCCAAAGGCACUAGAGCCGGAAGCGGCUGCACCAAAGCCAGAAGGUGUGGGUGAGGACAGUGGGAGGAGGGAACAAGGGUCUCUAGUAAAUGUAGCUAUGCUGGCGGCUGGCUCGCCGGAGGAGAACUGUGUGAAUGGUAGGGAACCAAUUGUUGUGGAGCAUGCUGACAGUGUGGCGGACAGUGGCAACAGUGCGGGUGGUGGCUCUCAGGGUGGUGAAGGAUCCACAGUGGUGGAGGAGCCUAUGGACCAGUCUCCGCCUCACGGCAAGUGCUUCUCCCCUCCCUCCGUGGCCAGCGAAGGGACAGCAGCCCCGUUGCCACCCUGCACCAAUGGCUAUGGCUCACACCACACCAACGGUGGAGGAGACAUCAUCAAUGGCGUCGGGUCAGAGAAAGUUGCUGACUUGAUUGGUCUAGACUCGCUGGGACCCCUGAAACCUGAAGCCUUGAACACUGGAAGCCAGGCUGUGGAGAACCUUCGCAAUUCGGGUGACAUCAAUUCCAACCGCAUUGUGCCAACCGGGAACUCUCUCAUUGGCUUUGAGGAAGAUAACAGGAAUAACAGCGCCAAGACCCAAGAGAUGCAGUUCACCGAUUUGCUCUCGUAAAUGGACCAGUGCUGCAGAUUCUGCCAGUCUUGAACGGUUGAUCCCGCUCCCAAGCACCAAGCUUCCCACUGUUGUGCCAUCAUCAGCAGUCUCUGUGGGAGCUGGUUCACAGGCAACCUUCUUGUUUCUUCGUUCUUGUGUUCAGAACGUAGGAGCUUCAACAGUUGGUCGUGCUAAGAGGCAGGACAUUGAGUCUCUUGGAAAAGCAGUAGCUGGCUUGUGUAGGUGACCUUGCAAAGCCAUGCCUGCAAAAGCAGGCAUCCUUAAAAGGUAGCUCUGGAUUUGUCAACACCAACUGAGAAAAGAAAACUGUCCGGAGCAUUUGGUUGUUAACAUGCAAUAGCAUCAAAUAGUCUGAAGCUUUGUUGUUUUUGAUAACACUGGAUUGCCUGUGGGAUUUUCUAGGUUUUGAAGUUAUUUAUCGUGCAGUGUGUGCAUGGGCAUCAUGAGUAGUGCAUCAAGAAAAACAUGGGACAGCAGGACGUUUUGCUGGCAUACUGAAGUGAGGAAAGCAUCUCUUUUUUCCAGAUGCAGACAUCAUGCUGCGCAAAGUAUAGAGCAUUGAACUGAAAGGCACUACAUAUUAUUUAGGAUAUUCUAAGGUAACCAAGUUACUAAUUGUUGGCAAUGUGGUUUCUUGGCUGUACGGGAUAAUAAUGGCAUGUUGAAAGUGCUGUUUCUCUGGCACACACUGGUGCAGUAAUCGCAGCUGUUUCUCUGUAAUGUUGGAAAAUGUUGCUGGGCCGUCGUCAAUGCUGUCGGCUCAGCAGUGACUUACCAGACCAGGUGCAUUUCGUGACUGUUUUGCUCCUCUCUGUGCUUCUCUCUGUUUUUUUUUUUUCUAGCAGUUGUUUGUUUGAAUUCACACCAGUGCUCUUUCUAUGAACAGAGGUGCCGUUAGCCCAGAAGAUUCUCAGCAUGUCAAAAUGCCAGCACAAAGACUUGGCGUUUUGUGCGAUAGUCAACAAUAUCUUCAAGCACCUACUACUACUUGUAAUGAGGGCCACUUUUAGCGUUGUUGUCAUGCUUGCAAAGAAAGCCUCGUGGUCUCAAACAUGUCUGUAAAUAUAAGCGGCAAGUCUGUUGUCCUUUUUUCCCCUUGCUUUUUCUUACUGAUGAGAGUUCCCAGUCAUCAAUGCUGUACCUCUAUCUUUAUUGUUUUUAGCAUGAGAAUUGGGAUGUGCUCUCUUUACCAUUUUUGUUUACCUGUUCUGUAAAAAUGUAGGUAGCCACUUUGUCCUCUGUUGUUCUCUCUUUUAUCUACCACACCUAACUUCUGUAUGCUGUAUAGUAAAAUAAAAUGAAGAACUAACAAUGGUC